AUGUCCCCCAACCCACGCAUAUUCGACAUCCGGGGCCAGUCUCUCAAACUCGAGACAGAAGCGGAUGUCGAGCCCCUCUUGAAGGGUUACGACCCCAAGUACAUCGAAGAAAUCUAUCUCGGCGGAAACACGAUCGGCGUGGAUGCUUCAAAAGCGUUUGCUGCAUUCAUCGACAAGACAGAGUCUCUACGCAUUGCUGAUCUCUCCAGCAUCUUCAUUGGUCGUCUCAUCUCCGAAAUCCCUCUCGCACUCACUCACCUCUGCACCUCACUUCUCCCAAAACAAACCCUGACCCUCAUCGAUCUCAGCGAUAACGCAUUCGGAGAACGCUCCAUAGCCCCGCUCCUUCCUCUACUCACACACAACCGUUUCCAAACCCUUCGUCUCAAGAAUAAUGGGCUAGGUCCUGCAGCUGGAAUACAGAUCGCGAACGCACUUCGCGAAUCUGCAAAGUUGACAAAAGCGGAAGGAAAGGUAUCAAAUUUGAGAACGGUCAUAUGCGGACAGAACAGGCUGGAAAAUGGAUCGGCUUCUGCGUGGGCUGCAGCGUUCGGAGAACAUGGAACAUUAGAAGAAGUGAGGAUGCCCCAAAAUGGAAUAUGGAUGGCUGGCAUACGAGAGCUAGCGAGAGGAUUGAAGAAAAAUCCGAACCUCAGAUACCUCGACCUUCAGGAUAACACGUUCACAGAUGACACCGACGAAGGCCUGAUGGCUGUUGACGCGUGGGCGGAGACACUAGCAAGCUUGCCUGCGCUUGGAACGCUCAAUCUGUCGGAUUGCGUGCUAUCUCAUGACGGAGAGGUCCCGUCCAUUCUGCAGAAACUCGCUUCCGGAUCAAAUAAGAGGCUUGUCGACCUGCAACUACAAAACAACAAUCUGGAUGUAUCGUCUGUCACAGUCCUGGCUGACGCCAUCUCUACCCACCUCUCAAGCUUAAAGCGUCUGGAUCUCCAAGAUAACGAUGCAGACGAAGACGACGAAGUAUAUGAUACCCUUCGGGAGGCACUUACAGAGCGUGGAGGAAGACUUGUUGUCACAGAGGAGGAUGAAGAAGAAGAAAAGGCAGCAAUAGAAGCAGCCAAGGAAGAGGAAGAGGAGGAAGAGAAAGCAGCGGCGGCACCCACCAAAGUAGAGGUGGCCCUCGAGAAAGAGGCUGAUGAACUUGCCAAUCUGAUGGGUAAAGUACAUAUACAGUGA